AGAAUAUAUAACUUAGCAAUGAGAGAAUCUCGCGAAAGCGCGUGCUGCUGGCGAGACUUGCUCAUGCUGCCGGGCAGUCUGUGAGGGUCUGCUGCACGGCAUAGGUUGCUUGCAGCUGUGCAGAAAUCUGGCUGAGGACGUACAGUAAAGCUAGCCGGAGGCGUUGGAAGAAAGGGGGUAGGAACUGUGCGCCGCUGCCUUUUGCAGUUAACGAGCUGAUAGUCUACGAGCAUGGCUGUCUCUUUGUGCUUGCUCACCGUGACUUCGGUCGUGUAGUGCAUUCGGGAAUUUUUGCUUUUUGGAUUCAGCAGCAAGGCCGGAAAGGCUUCCGAGGACAGCGAAGUGGGUUGUUGUGGGAAUGGAGCUGCGGGCUUGGUGGCUGGAAAUGCUGCUGAGGCCGUCUAAAGUGCUGCUGCCGCAACUCUUGUUUUAAUGGAAUUGCUGUCACGGAGGCAGGAUGCAACGUGUAUAAUCUAACCUUGUUUAUCUACAGACUUUGAGGAUAAAAGAACGUAAUAUAAGAGGAAGGACGCUGAUAACGGCGAUUGGUAGGGGGCUAUCUGUGGCUGCCAGAUGGAAGGCACUUCACAGUACUGAGAGAAGCUUUUCUUGGAGGGAUUUGAACUCCCACCUCAGGGGACUCCCCUCAUUCGUCCGUAUUCUCCCAAGGUGGCUUUGUGUGGCUGCAGCUGCCGGGGAACAGCGAUAUGGAUAAACUGACCAUAAUUUCAGGAUGUCUGUUUCUAGCAGCGGAUAUAUUUGCCAUUGCCAGCAUUGCCAACCCAGACUGGAUUAACACCGGCGAGUCUGCAGGUGCACUGACAGUUGGCCUGGUUCGACAAUGUCAGACUAUUCAUGGACGUGUCAGGACUUGCAUCCCUCCACGACUUCCACCAGAAUGGGUCACAACACUAUUUUUCAUCAUUUUGGGGAUUGUUUCAUUGACUGUCACAUGCGGUUUGCUAGUGGCUUCUCAUUGGCGAAGAGAAGUUACUAAAUAUGCUCGCUGGAUCGCAUUCACUGGAAUGGUUCUAUUUUGUAUGGCAGCCUUAAUAUUUCCCAUAGGAUUUUACAUCAAUGAAGUUGGUGGACAGCCGUACAAGUUGCCUAACAACACAGUCGUCGGAUCUUCUUAUGUAUUAUUUGUCUUAUCCAUUUUUUUUACGAUAGUUGGACUUCUGUUUGCUGGAAAAGUUUGUUUACCUGGCUGACACGAACAAGUCCUGCUUAACUGUUGUAGCAGCAUUCCCCUGGAGGGUAUUUUGGAACAGUUAAACUAUUGUGGAAAAACAGGAAUAAAAGGACUUGAAUUCACAAUGCACUUUGAUCAGAGAAAUACAGAACUUUUUUCCAUAACCAAAUAUAUACAUCAUGAACACGUUUCUGCACACAUUAAUGCAGUCAGGUCUGCACUGUGAUAUGAACUAUUAAUGUUGCAUUGCACCAAGAAGUGUCGUCCUUUGUUACUGUACCUUUUGGCUCAAUUUUUUUUUUGAACUUGUAAACUGAAAAUGUAUUUAAAGAACUCUACUAGUUUAGAAGGUUGCAGGGUAUGUCUGAGUGGGGCUGGCCUCACUAUUAACCAGAUUAGCAUGCAACUUCAUAGGAACCUUGUUUCAGGAUCUACAUAUACAGAUUUGUCUCCAGAAUGGAUUCUUAAGGCACCGCUUCAUAGAAAUUGAAACAUUGCUGUCUACAUUGUUUGUAUACCUCCACCCCAGGUACAGGUGCAUUUUAAGAAAGUUUUUUUUUUAAUAGAUCUCCUGAGGCCAUUAUGUAAUGUACAUAUAAGCUGUAACCUGAAAAGAACUUUGGUUGCUUUGCUAGCAAAACACUGUGGUGUCCUAAACUAGAUCUUGAUAGAAAAGCCAUUUCUCUGAAGGCAUCUUGUUUGAGGAGGGUCUUCAGUUUACCUCAUUCUUUGUAGCAGUCCUCGCUCUUAACAAUUUUAAAGGUACCAGUAAACCCAUACCUGUGUAGUUUUAAGUUAAAGAAAUUAUCUGUAUGAUAAAUUAUUUGUAUAAGAAAGAUCAAGAAAUAAUGUCCUAUUUUUAAUGUUCAGCUCAGCAUUUGGGAUCUAAUCCCAAAUCUUUUUGCUAGAAACUGCUGUACAACCUUUUUCCAAUACUUCAUCUGUAGCAUUAUCACAUUUACUGUAAUCGUUAGUACAGAGCACGGAAACACUGCACUCCUAAGUACAGAACAAAACAGAUAAAGUAUUACUAUAUAGACUAAUCAGUCUGAAACUACCGGAGGUAAGCAUUACAAUGUUAUAAACUGGAAAAAUUAAAUGCAUUGUUAAUAAAAACACAAUGGGUUUAAAUCUUAA